AUGCGGCGCAAGCGGGCAGGGUGCGACUCCACCUCGGGAAGAUACCAGCAGCCCGCCUCUCGCCAGCUCAGUGCGGGGAAACUGAGGCCCAGAGCAGAAAGUGACCCGCAGAGAAGGUGGCCCGGACCGCGGGGGUUCCGGGCACCCACUACAGUGCUCCGCCCCUGCGGGAGGAUUUGGGGCGGGGUCGGGUCUCCCGGGCGGUCCCCCGACCCCCUACCCGCACCCCCGGCUCUCACCCAGGCGCAGACACAUCUCGGCUCCGACGCCGCGUCUCCGCGGCACCUUCAGCGGGGCUCCAUCCCGGGCCGCAGACGCCGCGCGCCCUGCAGAGCCCGCGCUGCGCCUACUUCCCGCCCGGAGCCCCGAGCUCCCGGCGCCCGGCCGGCCUCCCUUCCCGUCAUCCCCCGGGCGGCCCGGCCCCGGGAGAACCCCGGCGCCUCAUUUACAUCCUGGGCCGGUCCGACCGGCUGGACAGCCCUUCAAAGGCCCGCCCGGCUGAUUCAUAGCGUUGGCCCCACCCACCUGCGCCGGCCUCGGAUGCCGGCCAGCGCCCGGCCACCGACUCCUCUAGCCCACCCCACUCCAGGGAUGCCCAUUUUACAGAUGGAAACUGAGGCCUAG